CUUCCUUCGCAAAUACACCACCCAAGCAUGUUUGGCUUCACCAAGUUGAUCACGUUCUUCGCGACCGCCGCCGCCGCGCAGCAGUGCGUCCAGCAGGCGUCGAUCGAGAUCGGCAAGGAGACGCCGCUCAGCUUGACCUUCAACGGCGACAAGGCGUUCAGCCACACGAUCAAGCAGGUCGGCGCGACGUACACGGCCGUGCACUUUGACGCGCUCAACAUCCCGGCUGGCGCGACCCUUACGAUUUCGAGCCUCGACGGCAAGGAGUCGGUCAAGUACGUCGGCGGCGAGUCGCGUACCAACCUUUUCGCCGACUGGAUCUCGGGCUCGGAGGCCGUCUUGACCUACGAAGCGGCUACGUACACCAAGCAGCCGACGCCGGUCUUCACGAUCGACAAGGUGACGUUCGGCAAGAUUACGCCGCCGCUCGAGUCGAUCUGCGGCAAUGACGACUCGAAGCCGACCAAGUGCUAUACGGCGGACGCGGCCAAGCAAACGUCGGCGCUCUCGGUGGCCCGCCUCCUCAUCAACGGCAAGUCGCUCUGCACGGGCUGGCUCAUCGGCUCGGAGGGCCAUUUGAUGACCAACAACCACUGCAUCAAGACGGCCGACGACGCCAAGAACGUCCAGGUCGAGUUUGGUGCUGUCUGCGCGACGUGCGAGGACCCGAACAACACCAAGCAGCUCGGUUGCAAGGGCGAGAUCGUCGCCACCGACGCGGUCCACCUCAUCUCCAACCCGGAGAACGACUUUGCGCUUAUCAAGCUCAACGUCAAGGCCGGCGUCGACAUCAAGAAGUACGGCUACCUCCAGGUCCGCCCGGAUGGCCCCAAGCUCAACGAGGAGAUCCACAUCAUCGGCAACCCCCGCGGCUUCCCGCAGUACGCGGCCAUUGUCGUUGACGAUGGCAAGCCGGGUGUCGUCACCAACUUGAGCAUCGAGUCGUGCGUCCCGGAUGAGUUUGGCUACAUGCUCGACACACAGGGCGGUAACUCGGGGUCGCCCGUCUUCUCGACCAAGGAGAACGUCGUCGUCGGUCUCCACAACUGCGGCGGCUGCGAGAACGGCGGCAUCAAGAUCAACAAGGUUGUCGACAUCCUCAAGGCCAAGAACUUGGUCCCGAAGGACGCCAUUGUCAACACCAAGCCGGCGUGCUAA